CUGGGAAUCAACAUUUUCGAUAUGCUUCAUUUCCCUAGACACCUUUCUUGUUAAAUUGAGAUCGGACCAAUGCGAAUAUGUCAAUCCCGGGAUUAGGAGAAAUACCAUCAGUCGCGGACCCGACUACCUCAUCUGCUGCCGCCGUAACACCAACUACUAUCGAGACUCUCCAACCUUUCUGGGAAUACAGAUUCGAAGUUCCUCAUGGCUCCACUUUAGAUAUCAAGUUAAUUUCAGGAACUGCCGAGAAGGAUGGCACCGAACUCGCCCCAAAUACGCCGUACACUUUUACGGCGACAAAGUCGAAGAUAAAUACGUGGCAUGGGUGUGCUCUCGAAAUAAUUUGCCCUUCCGGAAGCUACGAUGCAUAUACGUCAGAGCCGACAGCAGACGAGACACCCAUGGUCAGCUACCUGAAUUUGCAUUUCAAACUCGAAGCCAUUCGCAGUGCCGCAGAGAAAGCAGGACAAAUGGGGCCACGAGUCUUGGUCGUCGGGCCGCCGAACGCCGGGAAGACAAGCUUGGUCAAAAUGCUCACAGGGUGGGCAACACGCAUGGGUCGUCAACCUCUCGUUGUAAAUACGGAUUGUCGUGAGGGUAUGCUCGCAUUACCAGGUUCGCUAAGCGCUGCCGUCUUCGCGACUAUCAUCGACAUCACAACGGAAUGGGGCAGCACGCCAAGCAGCGGGCCAAGUGCCAUACCAGUCAAGCUUCCGAUCGCGUAUAACUACGGUUUAGGGCAACCCGAAGAAAACAUGAGACUCUAUAAGAGAGUAAUAAGUAGGCUAGCUGUGGCGGUAACCUCCCGGCUCGCGGAGGAUCCCGAUGUAAAGACAGCCGGCCUGCUGAUCGAUACGGGUGGAAUCAACGCUUCUAAGGGGGGCUACGACCACAUAGCCCAUAUAGUAUCCGAGUUUUCGGUCAACAUCGUGAUCGUAGUAGGCUCGGAGCGUAUGGGUAGCGAGAUACAGAAGAGGUUUGCUGGGCAGAAAACUACACUGGAUGAACCCAUCACUGUGGUUAGCCUAGAUAAGUCAGGGGGCGUCGUUGAAAGGGAUGCGGGAUUUCUGCAGCAGGUCCGUGAAACAGCCAUUAGGGAAUACUUUUUCGGCAAUGUGAAUACUACGUUGAGCCCAUUUACACAACAAGUCGACUUCUCGGCUUUGUCAGUCUGGAGAGUUGUUGAAUCAUCCCCCUCAACAGCACAUGAAGAUGAAAUCUACAAUGAUACGAUGCUGGAGAAGGUUGAGCCGUCGCUCAUGAUGCAAAACUGCCUCCUUUCAGUUGUCUACGCAUCGAUCCACGACCCGGCAGACACGAUCCGCGAUUCUAAUGUUAUGGGUUACGUAUACGUCGCCGAUGUUGACGAAAAGCGACGGAAGCUUAAAGUUCUGGCACCAGUGAAUGCUCGCUUGGGAGAUAGACCACUCCUCUGGGGAAGUUGGCACGCGUGAAGCCUAUUACUGUCACAAAUACCCUAUUCGGAUCAUCUUAUGAUAUACGGACGGGAAGCAUGGCGAGUAACAGGAAAAGAAAAACAACCAUUCGACGGGAAAUGAAGAUAACGAUGUUGACUCGGGAUCUACUAGAGCGCAGUUGAUAUCGACCUGCACGCGAAGUCGUGUUCAAAUUUCGCCAUUGGUUGAUAAGCCCACAUGGGAUGCUUAAACGGAUCGAUAGAAAGAAGGCGGAAAUUCCUAGGAAAAUCACGAACGCGUUUCAACAGCUGGCCGGAGCAAAUUAUGGCGUGAAUGACAAAAUUGGAAAUUUUAUGCUAUCCUCGGGCAUUACUACAUAUUUCCACACUGACGACGCCUUGAACAACAUUGCAGUUCGCUAAAAUCCAGCUUGCAUAGAGCCGAUUUGCAUAUUACCCCGAGCAUUGGUGACUCUACGCGGUUAAAUCUAUGGUUUUAGAUCUCGCAACACCGACUACGCCUAUUCAAGGAAAAGGGCUCGAUGAUCGGAUUGCUUAUUGAUUGACCAAAAAAAUAUUUAUCUGGAUUAGCUAGCGAGAUACAAUUCUCGGCAUGGGGGUUGAGCUCGGUUUGGUUGCUAAUGCCAAUUCUACUCGGUUUGCUUUGAGGCGACGCUUAACAGGUUGAAGUUAUAUUCGCGUUACGAUGGGCAAGAUCACAUGGCCAAAGUUGCCUUAAAAUAAUGAAUAUAAUAUUCAAUCAGAAA